AUGUCAUCACCGAGAAUACUGCCGUCCCACCUUCACGCAUUCGCUCCAGGUUCUGCUAACGGCAAUACGGUGCGAGUGCUGGGGCAAAUCACUACCGUGAGCGGAGAGGACUCCCACGUAUCCGUUGGAUCUAUGUUCGAAAUUGUCGGCAAAGUAAUCAACCUAGACGGCGGACAAGGCCUAGGGUUGCGAGUCUUGAGCGCGACGGAAUGGCCGAGAAACGAAAACGGACAGUUACCUGAUAUCAAGCUAUUUGAAGCCGUGGUCGAUGUGACUCAUCGCUACAAGAGCAUCUUCUACGGAGAGAACGAGAAUGGCCAGGAUGGGGGAUAUUGA